AUGAUAUGGAGGGGAUUGGAACACCUGAAUCACAUGAUAUGGAGGGGAUUGGAACACCUGAAUCACAUGAUUGGGAGGGGAUUGGAACACCUGAAUCACAUGAUUGGGAGGGGAUUGGAACACCUGAAUCACAUGAUAUGGAGGGGAUUGGAACACCUGAAUCCCAUGAUUGGGAGGGGAUUGGAACACCUGAAUCACAUGAUAUGGAGGGGAUUGGAACACCUGAAUCACAUGAUUGGGAGGGGAUUGGAACACCUGAAUCACAUGAUAUGGAGGGGAUUGGAACACCCGAAUCACAUGAUAUGGAGGGGAUUGGAACACCUGAAUCACAUGCUAUGGAGGGGAUUGGAACACCUGAAUCCCAUGAUUUGGAGGGGAUUGCAACACCUGAAUCACAUGAUUUGGAGGGGAUUGGAACACCUGAAUCACAUGAUUUGGAGGGUGGGGACAAUA